AUGUGUCACGAGGGAUAUUUGGUCGAUGCUAAGCCAAUUGAUAGUACACUUUGUUCGGCAUCCAAUAAAUCCCUUGCCGAGGCUUUGAAAUACUUAAUAAACCGUGGCAAUAGUUUGUACCUCAAUCUAGAGGCACCCCCGGCCGGUGGAGUCCUGUGCCUGAGAUGCUACAACGAUAUGAUGGAUUACGAUGCGGCCCUAGUCGGAGUGUUGCAAAAACAGCUUAAGUUAUUAAAACGAUUCGAGGAAAACAAUCCAAUUAUUGAAUCCGAUGAUUCCGAAAUAGAAGUGGAACUUCAGACAGAAGAGGAGAAUGAAUUGGAAAGGGAUUUCAUUGAAUUGGAGGUGGAGAUAGGAAGGGAAGCCAAGAUUCGAAAACAUUCCCAUGUCUUGCAGUUGAAAAAAAAGUUUGAAUGUGAACUAUGUGAAUAUGCCCAUCGAAAUGAGGAUUAUGUCAAAUUGCAUAUGAAUAUCCAUGAAGGACGCAGCGAGACGACCUGCCUCGUUUGCCAUAAACAAUUUACCACAAAAAUGAAUACGAUACGUCACAUGGAAUCACAUCUGCAGAAUAAACGCCAUCAGUGCCACAAAUGUGGCAUGUGCUUCUCCCAAUCGACCGUUCUCUACAAUCACAAACUGCAACAUGAGGCCGAGGAGAAUCCCCUUCAGUGUGGCAUUUGCCAGAGUGUCUUCAAGACGAAAAGGACAUAUAAACACCAUCUGCUCACCCAUCGGGCGGAUAGACCCAGAUAUGCCUGUGAUUUCUGUGAAAAAACCUUCACCGAGAAGUAUACCCUAAAGAUUCAUAGACGUAUCCACACUGUAGACUGA